AUGAAAUCAUCCUUACCACUGCGACGCGUUUGUCGCGGAACGAACACCACCAUCCGUCCCUCAACCUCACCAGCACUCGUCCCUCGCAGUUCGCAUCACCCUCUCUACCAGCGACGAACACCAACAACUCCAACCACUCGCUCAACACCGCUCACAACCCGCCGAUACUUCAACCUCCCCUCGCUCUCCUCCCUCUUCCCCCCGACCAACGGCAACGGCAACGGCAACAACAGCAAAAGCCGCGUCCUAACUGCCACCCGCACCCUCCCCUACACCCCCGGAGCGCUCUUCAAAGUGAUCUCCUCGGUCGACUCCUACUCGCAAUUCCUUCCCUUUCUCACAGCCUCGACCGUCACCCACCGCGACCCGGAAACCGGGUACCCGACCCGCGCCUUUCUGACCGUCGGCUACGGACCCCUCAGCGAAACCUUCACGUCGCGCGUGGACUGCAAUCCGGACGAGUGGACUGUCGAGGCGCGCAGCGGGGCCAAGUUCGGGGUGGACUCGAAGGAUGGGCAGGAGGGGGGUGUCUUUCCCGGGGCGAAUGAGGGCAUUUUUGAGUAUUUGAGUACGAAGUGGGAGUUGAAGCCUGUGCAAGGGGGAGGUGUGCAGACGCGGGUGCAGCUGGAGAUUCAGUUCGAGUUUCGGAAUCAGCUCCAUGCGGCGAUGAUGGGUGCUGUUGAGGGGCAGAUGGCGGGUGUUAUGAUUGAGGCGUUUGAGAAGAGGAUUAGGGAGGUGGAGGGGAGGUAA